AUGGCUUCAAAUGGUGCUCGACAACUCUAUAAGAUAUAUGUGAGUAACAUACCUUGGACUGUAAGUCACAGAGAAUUGAAAACGUAUUUUAGUAAAUUUGGACACAUACAACAAGCUUCAGUAGUAUUUGAUAAAAAAACAGGCUUAUCAAAGAAUUACGGGUUUGUAACUUUUAGUACUCGUGAAGGAUUAGAAACUGCAACCAAAAGUAGUUUACACAAGUUAGAGGGAAAUACAAUAAAAUUGCAACCAUUGAAUAGUUCAAACCAAUAAAAAUGGCAGAAUCAGUAGAUAACUUUAGUGAUUUACAAGAAUUAGGAAUAGAUAUAAGUGAUACUGAUACCUUAACUCUUUCAUUUAACAAGGCUGCCCGUCAAGUGCAAAAAUUAGUAACUACUUUGGAUAAUCAAAUAUUGCUCACUCUUUACGGCUAUUACAAACAAGGCACAGAAGGUACUUGUAAAAUACCUAGACCUAGUUGGUAUGAUCUUCGUGCAAAGUCAAAAUGGGAAGCUUGGAAUAAAUUGGGAAAUCUCUCUCAAGAAGAUGCUAAAAAGAAGUAUAUAGAAACUGUCAAAACUGUAGAUCCUACUUUUGAUGAAGAUAUUCAAGAAGCACCAUCUCAACAGUGGAUUAAAGUUUCUUCAAUGAUUGUUGACAAUGAUAUACCACAAUCAGACUUGACAAUUAUUGAUCACAUCAGAAAAAAUGAUAUAAAACAAGUAAAAACUUAUCUUGAAACAAACAAUCCAGAUUUUGUCAGUGAAGGGUUAUACUUAAUUCACUGGGCAGCUGAUGCGGGUAGUAUUGAUAUGCUGAAAACCAUUAUUGAUGCAGGAGCUGAUAUAAACAUCAAAGAUAGUGAUGGACAAACUGCUCUCCAUUAUGCUGCAAGCUGCGGUCACAUUGAAUGUGUAAAAUAUUUAUUGCAGAGUGGGGCUAAUAAAGAAGCGAAAGAUCAUGAUAACAGUACUCCAUCAGAUGUUGCUUUUAAUAUUGCAAUUAAAGAAUUGUUGAGUUAAACAGUAACAAUAUUGUUCAUAUCUUGUUUAUAAAUUUUAAUCAGUA